CUCUCUCUCUCUCUCUCUCAGAAUGGUUCCAGGCGGCUCCGGAGCACUUUCCCAGCACCAAUUCAUAAAAAUCGAUUAUUUCACAAAAAAUAUAAUCGAUUCUGAAAUAAUCGAGUCAGAAUCGUGAACCACUAGUAUGCGCAACAUCAGUGACAAAUAGCAAAGCGAAAGGAGUGAGCAUAUUGCGACACGUUGUACAGAAACUGCGUCAAGUGUGACACGUUUCAGUAGACAUAAAAGAUAACAGAUAUGUCGGACGAGAUGGACGAGUGCAAGUUGAAAGGUGGACAUCCGCCAGCGGUGAAGGCAGGUGGAAUGAGGAUAACGCAGCAUAAAAUGCCCAAGGAUGAGCGUGAGACAAAAUCUACUAAGGACGUAGAAGAAAGCAGACCGUCCAGCAGUCCGCCGAAAACAAUGAUAAUUAGCGGUGUUCCGGCUAAAGGAAAUGCUGAUUUCCCACCGGAGGCUGUGCAGCACUUUCACGAAAAACCUACACCGACACACGACGCACGACCAGCGCAUUGUUCGCGUCCUAUUAUCAUCCAACAACCAAGAAAGUAAAGUGCACUUUGCAAAUUGCAAAGUUCGCGAACGACCUCAGUCCGCGAAGUCACUCGUUAAGUUUAAUCGGCAAAUAAAAGAUUAUAAAUAUUAUAAAUAAGUGCGUAUAUAUGUGUAUAUAUGUGUAUAUAUAUAUAUAUACAUAUUA